AUGGCCGACUCACCGGAGGUUGCAGUCGAGCGACCGCCACCUUCGCCGCCCUAUCCAAUUGGCGAUUUCGGUUCAUGCCUCCACAGCCCGCCUCUUGACAACACCUUCUUCUCCGAGGACCUCUUGAUCGGCGGCGAUGGUCCGAAUGCCGACGACGCGAACAACGGCGUCGGGGUCCUCGAGGGCCUCGAAUUCGAUUUCUCCUUCGACGACCUAUGCCUCCCCAUAUCCGACGACCUCGACCACCUUCUCGAGCCCGCGCUAGCGCCGAUUCCCCAAUCCGGAUCAGACCCUAAUGUCUCCCAAUCCUCUCCGAAUUUCGACCAAUUUCGGUCGGUUUUUAAAUCUACAUCUGAGGAAUUGCGCCAUCUUCUAGGGGACGGCGAAUUCCUCGGCGACCAGAGCUGGGAGGGUUCCGGCGUUAUGAGCUCCUCUUCUCCGGAGAUGGAAUCUCAGCAGAUUUCCGGCUAUCUGAACAUGCCGUCGCCUGAAUCGAACGGAUCGAAUCGUGACAGCGCUGAGAAUUGCGGUGGCGACGCCGAUGAGAAGGUGUUGAAAUGCAAUUCGCUUGAAUCUGAGGGUUCCGGUAAUUGCGGCGGUGGUGCCGAUGAGAAGGUAUUGAAAUGCAAUCCGCCGGAAUCUGAGGAUUCAGAGAAUUUCCUUUCAAAUGUAUCAGAAGAUACUUGCGCCACCCGAUCGGUAAGUUCUUCGCCCAAUUCGAGUAAUAGUUCAAUUAGGGUUGGCGUCGUUGAUCGGAAGAUUAAAUUAGAGGAGCCUGCUAACAGUAACGGUAGUACCUCGCUGAAAAGGAAAAACGAUGGCGUAGAUUUGGCGAAUGAUAGUAUCGAGUCGAGGACUAACAAGUAUAGGAAAUCAUCUAAUUGUAGCUUAGAGAAUCAUAAUACCAGUGGCAACAACAAUGGAGUUUCGAGUGAGGAGGAAGAGAAAAGGAAGGCUAGGCUGCUGAGAAAUCGGGAGAGUGCCCAAUUAUCCAGACAGAGGAAGAAACACUACGUGGAGGAGUUGGAGGACAAGGUGAAGACGCUGCACUCAACCAUUCAGGACCUGAAUGCUAAAAUCACCUUUUUCAUGGCUGAAAAUGCAACUCUGCGCCAGCAAAUGGGUGGCACCGCCGCCGGAGCUCCGCCUCCUCCACCGAUGGCCCCACCGCCUCCCGGGAUGUACCCUCAUCCAGCCAUGAUGUAUCCAUGGAUGCCGUGCCCACCACCUUACAUGGUGAAACCACAAGGGUCGCAAGUGCCUCUGGUGCCUAUCCCCAGGCUGAAAAAGAAGCAGCCGGCUCAGGCACCAAAAACGAGCAAGAAGGUAGACGGAAAGAAAAACGAGGCGCCAAAGACCAAGAAAGUUGCUAGUGUUAGUUUCCUUGGUCUGCUGUUUUUCUUAAUGCUCUUUGGAGGCCUGGUGCCGAUUUUCAACACUAGGUACGGAGGGGUUAGGGAGGCUUUUAAAGGAGGAGAUGGUUAUAUCGGGAAUGGGCUUCGUGGGAGAGUGUUGAUGGUGAACGGGACUGAGUAUGGUGAAAAACAUAGCGGUUUUAGGGGUCAGCCGAGUGGAGUUGACCCUAGUGCUGGCGAAUUUGUGCGGUCGGGCAAUGGAAGUGAACCACUUGUUGCGUCGUUGUAUGUGCCAAGGAAUGAUAAGCUGGUUAAGAUAGAUGGGAAUCUGAUUAUCCACUCGGUCUUGGCCACUGAGAAAGCCAUGUCAUCUGACGGAAAGGGAGGCCGUGAGACAGGUCUGGUAGUUUCUAGAGAUUUGGCUCCGGCAAGAAUAAAUGGUGCUAGGCAUCCGCCGUUAAGGGCUCUCGGUUCUGGUUCGGUGGACAAGGAUGGUGUCAAGUCGACUGCCAACGAUGGGAGCCUUCAGCAAUGGUUCCGAGAGGGCCUUGCAGGGCCAAUGCUAAGUUCGGGCUUGUGCACUGAAGUCUUCCAAUUUGACGUCUCGGCAGCCGGAGCCAUAAUCCCAGCUGGCCCUGCCACCACUGCCACACGAAACGUGUCCAAAGUCCAAACUCAAAAUACGACAAACCCGACGAACAAGGCAAGAAACCGGAGGAUCCUCCAUCCGGUCCACCAUCCCGAACCCUCCCACCACAACAUAUCCACCGAGCAAUCAUGUGAAAAUCCUAAGAAAGAAAACCUCAACGGGAACAAAUACGCAUCCUCGAUGGUGGUUUCGGUUCUGUUCGACCCUCGGGAGGCCGUGGAUGCUGACGUGGACGGCGUUAUGCGGACAAAGUCUCUCUCCCGGAUUUUCGUUGUCGUGCUCAUCGAUAGCGUUAAGUACGUGACCUACUCGUGCAUGCUCCCGUUUGCGGGGUCCGGGCCCCACCUGGUGACCGCUUGA